AUGUCGUUCCUCAAGAAGCCCUUCCGAAAGCUCAAGGGAAUCAAUGGGUCCUCGAACAACUCCUCUGACUCGAUACCUGGCAAAGAAGAUGGCGUUAGUGGCUCUUCUACCCCAAACAAUGCUAUCAAUGGAACCAGCACCCCCAUCGGAAAUGUAGAUACACCGCCCGGGUCCAAGCGACAAAGCUUGGAUACAGAUCGCAAGAGGGCAAGCGUGGACAAGUUGCGGACGAAGGCCGAAAACAAGAAGAGGCAGUCCUUAGCACGCAUAGAAGACGAGAGGUUCUUGAAGGAGGGUCCUCCGCAGCUCACCAAGCUGUACAAGCCAUUCAGUAUGAACAUGAGUAAGAGAUGGGAUCAGGAAAAGAGACAACUGUUCAAAGAAUUGGAUUUCAAGCAAAUGGAUGGCGAGGUCAUUACCUUCCGAGCUCGCAUACACACCCUCCGCCGAAUGAGCGCAAAGCUUGUAUUCAUCGUGUUCCGUCAACAAACUAUCACAGUUCAAGGAGUCCUGCAGAGCUUCAAACCCAAGAAUGAAUUGCAGCCCAAUGAAGACAAUACCGGCACUAUUUCCGAGCAGAUGGUUCGAAGUGUGGAACAUUACCCCAGCGAAACAAUUGUGGUCGUCUACGCCCUGCUUCGAAAAGCCCCGCAUCGAAUCAAGAAUGCGACAAUACACGAUUAUGAGCUGGAGGUUUACGAGAUCCACAAGGUUACCGAGUUGACAGAAAAUGUACCAUUUACAGUCUAUGAUGCCGAAAAUAUCAACAGAGAUACGGAGGAUGUCGACGAGGAGGAUGUAGAGGAUUCUUCAAUACUCUCUGGUACUGGUACCCCGGAGGGUUCCAAAUCGCCAGUAGAGGGGAAGUUUGCCCGUGUUUCCACGGAUCUUUCUAAAUUCUCUAUUGAUAAAUUGAGAAACCGCAAGAGCUUGGAUGUCAAUAGGCCAAAUCGUUCACUCCCCCAACGAGUUCGGCUGAACAACCGUAUCGUGGAUCUACGAACAGGUCCUGCGCAAUCCGUUUUCCGCAUCCAGUCUGGCAUAUGCAAUCUGUUCCGUUCUUAUCUUGAUACUCAGGGAUUCAUUGAAAUCCAUACCCCUAAACUUCAAGGCGGCGCCACUGAGUCUGGUGCUACCGUUUUCGAGGUCAAUUAUUUUGGACGUCCCGCAUUUUUAGCUCAAUCUCCUCAACUUGCAAAGCAAAUGUGUAUUGCCGCGGAUUUUGAACGCGUCUACGAGAUUGGGGCUGUUUUCCGUGCCGAAGACAGUAAUACGCCUCGCCAUCUGACGGAAUAUACCGGAUUGGAUCUUGAGAUGGCGUUGGAGGAGCAUUACCAUGAAGCGCUAACAAUCAUUGAUGGCAUGUUCAAGCACUUGUGGAAAGGCAUCUACGAUCGAUACCAACCAGAAAUUGAACUGAUUUCACAGUUUUAUCCCCAAGAAAAGGUUCAAUGGCUGGAUGUAACGCCAAGAAUCCCAUUCGCAGAAGGUGUCCAGAUGCUUAUUGAUGACGGGUGGGUUGACGAAGAUGGCAAGCCUCCUUCGAAGUUGGAGGAUCUCGCAACACGAGCAGAGAUUAGGCUGGGAGCUAUUGUGAAGGAAAAGUUCAAGACAGACUACUACAUCCUCGAUAAAUUCCCGGCUUCCGUGCGACCCUUCUACACGAUGCCAGACCCUACCGACGAUCGUUAUACCAACUCCUUUGAUAUCUUCAUGAGAGGUCAGGAAAUCUUGACCGGAGGUCAGCGUAUUCACGACGCUAAAUUCCUGGAGAAGCGAAUGAAGCAAAAGGGGAUCAAGCCAGACACAAUGACUGAAUAUCUUGAAGGUUUCAGAUGGGGUGCACCACCUCACGCUGGUUGCGGUAUUGGUCUCGAGCGUCUUACCUACCUUUUCUUGAAUCUCGGCAACAUCCGACUAGCGUCCCUCUUCCCUCGCGACCCCAAAUCUCUUCCAGCUAGACCACCUGUACUUGCUCUCAGACACCCAGAAGCAAGCACCACCAAUCCCCCAUGGGAACAACAGAUAGAAGAAGAAGAUGUCGAAGAGUCCACCACUUCCUUGGAAAAGAAAGCCCAGCUCCAGCCACUCGAGAAGCUCAUCGCAAAUUACGGAGACGCAGCCAAUACAUCAUGGCUCGACCGGAGAUACCACGUAUUCAGACAUCCAUCAACUGGAGCAGCACAAGGCUACAUCUUACACAACAACUUCGCCAUCGCCGUUGGUGACCCUCUCUGCGCCAAGUCCCAAUACUCCCAAGUAAUUUCCGCCUACCUUCAGUUCCUUAAGGAGGAAUACAAAGACAUCCACCCCCUCUGGAUGAUUGCUGGCCCACAAGUAGAAGAAUACCUCGGCGAGAAAUUCCUCUGGCGCACCCUCGCCUGUAUCUCCGAAGAGCGGACCAACCCCAAAGACAACCCAGCGCUCAAGGACAAUGACUUGGCUCGUAAAGUGCGCCACGCGGAGAAGGAAGGCGUCAAGAAUAUUGAAGUCCCACACACCGAGGCUGUCAGCGCUGAAUUAAAAGCUAAAGUCGACGCGCGGGUCAAGGACUGGCAGAAGAACAGAAAAGGAACACAAGUCCAUCUCACUGAAAUCAGACCCUGGGCUGAUGAAGCGCAUCGGCACUACUACUAUGCUUCCGGCUCCGAUGGCACCAUUCAUGCAAUCUGCGUGCUCCACCAACUGUCCCCGAAAAAUGGCUACCAAGUGAAAUUCGCCCUCGAAUUCCCCGGCGCGCCCUCGGGGACAAUCGAAUCUCUGAUCCUGUUCUCUCUACGAAUGAUCGCAGUCGCAGACCCAGAAGCAAAACAAGUUACUUUCGGUACCGGUGCGAUGCCUACUUUGGAGGGAGGCAGGAAUUUGGGGAAGCACAAGGUCAGGGCGCUGAAGAAGGCGUAUGAGACUAUCAAUGCGCGCUUCAAGCUGACGAACAAGAGUGAGUUUAGAGAGAAGAUGGGCUGUUGGAAUGAGCCGGUUUACGUGUGUUAUCCGCGGGGUGGAUUGGGCGCUGGGGGUAUCAGAGCUAUUAUGGGCUUCUUGGAGGAGGAUGGUUGA